AUGGAAGUGAAUUCACAUUUAAGUUAUGAUAUUUCACACAAUUCAUUUUCUGUAUUGUUGAAUAAGGCAAUUCAAAGCUACAUCAAUAAUGUUGCAACCACACACUCUAAAGAUAAGAAACAUCCAUUUGUUUCGAAUUUACAAAUUGCUUCUAAUGAAAGUGAAGCCGAUGAUGAGCCAAAGACAGAAGAUGCAACUUCAACUCCAGUUUCAAAAUUAGAUGAUCAACAAGCUCUUAAAUUUUACAAGAUGGUAUGGGGAGAUGAUAACAGUGGAUCAUUGCCUUUGAGCAUGGACUCGAGAAAAUACAUUAUGAAAGAACUCUACAAAAUUAUAAAGAAUGAAGAAAACACAAAGAAAGCAGGAUUUUCAGUUCGUCCUAUUGGUGACAAUCCAUUUGUUUGGGAAGUGAGAUUAUUUGGAUUUCCUGAAGAUUCACUGUUGGGCAAAGAUCUCGUUGAGCAUGCCAAGAAAUUUGACACCCACAAUACAGAUGUUGUUCUGGAGGUCAAAUUCCCAGCGACUUUCCCAUCCGAAGCACCUUUUAUUCGAGUCAUUCGACCUCGAUUUGAAAUAUUCACAGGACAAGUGAGUUUUGGAGGUACAUUCUGCAUUGAUUCUCUCAACAAUAAUACAUGGUCAGGCAAAAAAUCAAUUACAAUGGAGACAGUGAUAUUGUCCAUUAGACAGUCACUCAUUGAUAACGGUGCUCGUGUGGACAUGAGAACAUAUGCCAACUAUGACGCAAUGACAGCCUCUAGUUACAGAGGUGAUAGUUGCCACAGAAAAAGUACUCUUGUCAUUUUGAUAACAUUGAAUGGAUCCAUCGUAUCCUCCAUUUUCUAA